AUCAAAUCGGCGUUUGCUUGUUCUAAGCUGUCCAGCCACUGCUCAUUCGUUAUCGUUUUUUGUUCUUCGCUUUACAAUUUUUAUCGUUUUGAAAAAUUUCCGAGAGAAAUCGCAGUGAUGACCUCAGAAAUUUCAAGCUCAACAGACCGGAAUGCAGGCUCCUCUUCUUGAGAAGUUUGCGUGUCGACUACCCCGCUGAACUGAGCGAUCUCUCUUCUCUUUAUGAAUCCUCUAUUUGGUUGCAUAGAAAAUCCGAUUCAUUCUGUUUUAUGGCCUCUGAAAAUCUAUUUGAAAGAUCUCUCUCUUUCUUUUUUUCCCUUUUUUUCUUAUAAAAAGUUUUGAAAUGAUUUUUGAGAAGGUGUUGUGGGAAAUUGAAGGUUGCGAUGAGGAUACUAAGCUCCCUCUUCUGAUAUUUAGUUGAGGAAAUCAGCUGGCAGAAUCGAACCUAUGACUUUAAUCGCCACCACUGAGUACUUUCAAUUCCCACUUACAACGAAUUUCGUUUACUCAUAUAGUUUUUACAAAAUUUUCGACCUUUUUAGAUGAGGAUGAAGCAAAAUAUAGUCAUCAAGUGAUGAAAUUGGGAAAAUCUUAGGACACCUUCCUACAUAGCUUUCUAAGCUAUGGAUGAGAAUAACAUUUCCGAGUCCUGAUGAUGACUGUAGCCUUCAAUUCUAAAUUAAAAAAAAAAAAAAAAAAAAACCUUUUCAUAAUAAAAUUAAGAGCCCUAGUUGUUUUUUAUUUUUUUACCAUACCUAAGAUCAUAUUAAACACCAUAUUAAAGGUAUGAUAAUAUAUAUCUAUAUGUUUGGUACAGAGCUUUAAAUUGAAAGAUUACUUGAUGAUCUAAGUCUCAUUGAAAGAGAAGAAAAAACUUAUAAACAAAGUAAAUAACACAGAAGAGACCACGGAAGCAGGGUAGUCUGUAAUUGCGUGUGUAAUGUUAUCCAAAUCGAGCUAUACAAGUGAUGAACAAGUUUGAGUACAACCUUAAUCUUGGGAUUUUGCAAGAGGACUAUAACUACGUCACAUUUCCUUCAAAUCCUAUGAUUCAAUCAUGUCAAAUUGUUGUGGUCACCCGUUGCUUCGGUGGUUACAGAGCUAGGGAGGGUGACUUCCUUCUCUUUGAGAUCCUCUUUGGAGGUUUUGAGGAAGAUAGAAGCUAUUAGUAGCUCCACAUACAUGGUUAUUUGUAAAUAAAAAGUGAAUUAUCAUAUUAAAAUCCAUUGUAGUGUAGUUGGUUAGGAUACUCGGCUCCUAUAUGCAAGCGUAUAUACGUGCUUGCAUAUUUUAUU